AUGGCCUGGUAUAGCCGAACCGUCGAUUUUCUCUCCGAUUCUUUGGCAGACCACCGCUCUCAACUUCCUCUUCUUGCUGCGACAGGAGCAUCACUUACGCUAGGCCUACUACUCCGUUCAUUCCUGUCAGAUGAGGAUCCCGGUAACACCGUUCAACCUUCUCCACUCCCGACAGUCCUAGCGUCGGGGACGGCGAAAGGGAACCGGGAGUUGCCUCUGCCGCUCGAUGUGCUUCCAGGAGCUCGGGAUGUGUUGACACCGUAUGGCUCGUUGCGAGUGUAUGAAUGGGGUCCCGUCAGUGGCCCUAAAGUUCUGUUUGUCCACGGAAUCACCACCCCAUCCAUCGCACUCGGUGGGGUGGCGCAUGCUUUGGUCGAUCAGGGCUGUCGAGUGAUGCUGUUUGAUUUGUUCGGAAGAGGUUACUCUGAUUGCCCAUCCGAUAUCCCUCAGGAUGACCGACUAUUUGCCACUCAAAUUUUCCUCGCCCUCAGCUCAUCUCCGAUCUCCUGGACAGGUGCUGGUUCUGAGAAGUUUUGCCUUGUCGGAUAUUCCUUGGGUGGUGGGAUCGCCGCUUCAUUUGCGUCGUUCUUUCCCCAGCUUCUGUCUGGCUUGGUGCUGAUGGCCCCCGCUGGCUUGCUUCGAGACUCUCAGGUCAGCUUCCAGUCGCGGCUUCUUUACUCACGUGGGCUUGUUCCCGAUCGAGUCUUAGGAUUUCUCGUGGGUCGUCGUCUUCGCGCAGGACCCCUGGUCACACCUAAGCCCAAACAGGACAAGAAGCUUAAUGCUGCCGAUGCUCUCACCGAGGAGCUCCCUUCGCAGGGCGAUGAAGUUCAGCUGUUGUCCCGAGCAUACCCGCAUGUCAAUGUUCCAUCUGUCGUACAGUGGCAAGUGAACCAGCAUUCUGGAUUUGUACAUGCGUUCAUGUCUAGCAUGCGUUUUGGACCAAUUUUACAGCGGCGGCAACUGGGGGUCUGGCAGCGACUUGGUCGAUUUCUAGCGGCACAGAGGCAGCUCUCGCCGGAAACACAGCGCCAAAACGGCCUUCCGAGUGACAAGGUCGUUAUUAUGUGUGGAGAGCAUGAUUCAAUCAUAUUGAAGGACGAACUUAUACCGGAUGCUGCCUCGGCUCUUCAGGGAAAUGUGGAAUUCCAAACUUUCAACGCUGGUCAUGAGUUCCCUAGCACCAGGCAUGAUGAAGUAGCGCAAGGCAUAUGGGAAUUAUUGUAUUGA